AAAAAGUCGGCAACGCGAAGACGCAACAGAAUAUUUGGCUCCCGCGUGGUGAGCUAGUUUUCUGUCUCUCUAGAUUUGUUUGCCGGAUUGGUUUGAAUACUAUACGGCUAAACUUACCCUUUGGAUGAUACUAGGCGUCUAUAAUGGUAGAAGAAUGUUCGUCAUCUUCACUAGCUUCAGAUAUCCACGAGGUUUUGAGAGAGAAAGAAGCUCGCAUUCCGAAUUUUAUGGCGGCUUCGCCUCAGCUUAAGAUUCGUCGUUAUUUGGUUGAUUGGUUGGCUGUGAUAGGAGAAAAACUUGGUUCAUCUCAUGGUGUAGUUCACCUGGCUAUUUACUAUAUGGAUUUCUUUAUGGAUAAGUUCAUAAUUCAAGAGUCGCAGCUUCACCUCUUGGCGUUGACUGCCUUGUUGCUUGCAGCAAAGUUUGAUGAAAACGAGAACCAGAUACCAGACAUCUCGACUCUCAACAAAUUUGUAAAUAACACUUACCAGCAUGCUGAAUACCAUCAAAUGGAAUUGCUCCUAUUAGAAUUCUUUAAUUGGAAUAUAGACCUACCAACCCCCGUGCAAUUUCUGGAAUAUUACUUGGCUAAGGCAACCAUAGAUUACAAAGAGUCUGAGAUGACAAUAGACUAUAAAAAGACAAGCACCUACCUACGGAAAUAUGUCUACUACUUUUUGGAAAUAUCCUUUCAAGAUCAUACAUUCCUUUCAUUUUCCCCAUCCUUGAUAACAUCGUCUUGUAUAGCAGCAUCACGCAUCUGCCUCAACUUGAUCCCAUCUUGGACAAACGAGCUGAGCAAAGUGACUAACUAUGACUGGGACAAAAUUGCACACUGCACAGAGAUCAUGCUAAGAUCACAUGAAGCAGACAAAAAAGCUCAGCAGAAGAAUAAGAAAGGGAUGGAAGAGUGACAAUAUGACAACAUGAAGAAAUAUUUAGACAUUAGAAAAAGAAAAAAAAGACAAUAAAAUUCCUAUAUUAUCAAUAUACAAUAUUAUUCUUGUAUGAGGAGGAGAUGAUGAUGAGAAUAUCAUUAUUGAAUGGUGGACCCAUUCAAACAGAUUACAAAUUACAAAGUGCUAUGGAAAGUGCCAUCUAGCCUUAACUUCAUAUAGUCUGCUCUAAUCCCUAGAAUCUAUUGAUUGCUGUAUAUGGCUGUAAAAAAUAUAAAUGUUUAUGAACAUAUUAUGGACUAAAAUAACACAUUUUACAGUUGUCGAAUAAAGUACAGCCACAAUUUUUUAUCUA